CAAAAUGCACAGAGGGCUAACGCAAUUAACAGGUCUAAAUAUCCUCCUACAGUUUGUUUCAGCUUCCAGACUGGUGUGCUACUUCACUAACUGGUCCCAGUACAGAGCAGGCAGUGGAAGGUUCCUACCAGAAAAUGUGGACCCCAACUUGUGCACACAUUUAAUUUAUGCUUUUGCCAUCAUUAAUUACACCAAUCAGCUUGUGACCAAGGAGUGGAACGAUGAGGUCUUUUACACAGCAUUUAAGACACUUAAAACCAGGAAUCCCAUGUUGAAAACCUUGCUGUCUGUCAGAGAGUGGGACAAUGCACAAUUCUCUGUCAUGGCAUCCACUACAGCCAGCCGUCAGGCAUUUAUCAAGUCAUCCAUCAGGUUCUUGAGGAAUUAUGGCUUUGAUGGACUGGAUCUUGAUUGGGAAUGUCUUGGCUCAGCAGGGACACAGCCACAAGACAAGCUGAGCUUCACAUUAUUAUGCAAGGAGCUUCUAGAGGCCUUCAAACUAGAAAGUGAGAGAAAUACAUAUUCAAGACUAAUGCUUACAGCUGCUGUACCGGCAAAGAAGGAGAUCAUCGACAGGGGCUAUGACAUCCCUCAGAUCUCAAAAUACUUGGACUUUAUAAAUGUCAAAACGUUUGAUUUUCAUGGAAGAGAAAGUGGUGUCACAAGACAUCACAGCCCUUUGUAUAUGGGCAUCAACGAUUUAGAAGAUGAUGUCAACUGUAAUGCAGAUUUUGCUCUCCGGUACUGGAGGGACCAAGGAGCUCCAGCAGAAAAGCUGCUAAUGGGUCUUCCCACUUACGGGCGCUCCAUCAUCCUUAUUUCAGCCGAAAGUGGAGUCGGCGCUCCAGCCAGCAGCUUCGCUUCCCCUGGGCCAUACACUCAGGAAAUGGGUCUGUGGUCUUAUUUUGAGAUUUGUCCUUUCCUAAAUGGGGCUAAGAUCCAGUGGAUAGAGGAGCAGAAAGUUCCAUUUGCAGUUAAAGGAAACCAGUGGGUGGGGUUUGACAACCAACAGAGCUAUGAAUUCAAGGUAAAAUACUUAAAAGAACAAACUCUUGGUGGUGCUUUUGUAUGGACUCUGGAUCUGGAUGAUUUUUCUGGAUGUUUCUGUGGACAGGGUACCUACCCCCUCAUCAGCUACCUGAAGAGACUUUUAAUAAUGGAGUCUGCCAAUACCACUGAGGUUAUAACAUCCAGCUCUUUCAUCGCAAACACCACCAAAUCCCAAAUCACCUUGAAGAAUCGUGCUCCAAAAAACAAUGGAGCCAAACAACAUUCAUGGACAAUGACUCUCCUAGCCCUACAAGUUGUAACCCACAUAAAUUUGUGCAAUGUGCUUAACAGUAGAUAACAUUAAGCAUUUAAGAUUAUUUGGCUCCUACUUCAUGGAAUGAUUCUAAAAAAGGCUAACAAGGUUUUAGAUUAUCAGUAGCCUUUCUAAAAUUACAUAACAUUUUAAGCUAAAAAUAGAGGAAAUCUUUGUGAUAUGUACAUGUGGUUUGGAUAGAAUUUUUAAGCUACUAGAUGUUGAUGACUUAAAUAUUGAAAAUAAAUGCAUGGAUAUACAAUGUCUGAUCUUGGGUUCUGCGUUAUCCAGCAUAAUGCUAUAAUGAAGAAGCUCAGAAUGGUGUUGCAGCCUGAAGAUGACGUUUUGUGAACCCCUAAAGCAGGAGUGUCCAAUCUUCUCUGCAAAAGGCCAGUGGGGCUGCAGGCUUUCAUUUCAUGCAGAUCACACCUGAUACUACUUGCUUAAUCAAUUGGUCUGCCUAUUUAGUUCACUUCUAAUUCUUUACAAAGUUCUUUUGUAAUGAAGUUUAAAUUUGUCAUGCAAUCGCAAAAUCAACGUUAUACUGAUGACAUGAAAUAUCAAGGCAAUAGUAGAUCAUUCAUUUGUGUUGUCUGAAGCCGCAUCCUUCAAGUUUUAAAUAAAUUCUCUCUAAACACUC